AAUGUAAUUACGUUUGAUGAUUGUACGGCUAUCGCAAAAAUGAAUAUUGAUAAGACUAAAGAGAAUUACGAGAUGGAUCAGAAAUGCUUUAUAGCAUGGAGCCCUCUAGAAAAGAACGAUUUCUCAUUUAAACAUAGAUAUGUAACGUGUAGUAGAUCAGUUCCACAUAAAAGCAAACGUCUUGCUAAGUACAGGCUGAGUCGAUCCUUGAAUUUUGACGCAACUGCCUGUAAUUCCAAUUCAGAAAACAGUUCUUUCGAGGAAGACAAACAUUUAUCUAGAUCUGCUAAGAUAAUGAGAGCUUUAAAUUUCAAUAGUAGUCCUUCCUAUUAUGGAAAAACAAAAAUCAAAAAGUCAUUAAAUUUUAAUUUAACUCCUAGUCCAAAAAGUUUUAGGCGCGCGAAGAAAGGUAUACGAAAAUCUUUGAGCCUGAACUUUAAUUCUCCUCUGUCUGUUCCUAAUAAAUUUUUGAAUCUCUAUGACAAUCCUGGCGACUCGGCAAAUAGUGGUUUAUUAUUUUCAUCUUCUGAUUCGAUCGACGAAAACCAAAAUGAGACACCAUUGCAACAAAGUACAAAGGAACAUGAAAUGCUGCAUUACUCUACACCUAAUGCGAAGUAUACUAGAAAAUCGUCAUGUCAUUCAGCAAGUUUUACGCCGUUACUACGUAGUCGAUUGAAGGAAACCAUCGACAACAUUGUUUAUGUUGCUGCGACACCCAAUUCGCAGUCAUUAAAACGUGUCAAAGGCAGAACAAAAUAUACAAAUAAUAUUAUCAUGAAUACUUCGAGGAACCUUCUUCAUGAAUUUCAUGAUAAAGACGACACGAGUAGAUCGUGCACACCCAAAAAUCUAAUUUGUAUAAUUCCAGAAAGUAUGAGUGCCAUUAAAAGAAGUCACAAGAAGGAAAGAUCGUCAAGGCGCAGCAAUGGCUAUACAACAGAAUUUACAGAUAGUUUUGUAAAAAACGAGAGCGUACUUGAAGAUGGAUUUAGUCGAUAUAGUAAACAGAGUGGCCCGUUUCAAGAUUCUAGAUCGGAUAUGGUAGAGCAAUGUGCUAAUAGAAGUUCUAAUGAAUUGGUAUUAAGCCAAUCCGAAGAUGAUAUGUCAGAUACAGGUUCACUUUUUGAUUACACAGAAGAACAGAAGCAUAUUUUCGAGGAAUCUAAAAACGUAUCUGAGUGGAAGUCGAAUUAUACUAGUGUUAUACCCAAAAUAGAUAAAUUCGAUGCUAAAGUAAAUUUGGAGGAGAAUGUGGACUGUUUAUCGAGAGCUGACACUUCUGAUCGUAGCAAUAUUGAUGCAAGUAAUUCAUGUAACGAAAAUAUCGAUUUAGCUAACGGUGGUAGAUCGAUAACCCCGGAGCCAGUGAAAGAAGGAACUGUAUCAGAAUCGCAGAAGUCCGUUACUCCUGAGAAUCGUAUCAACAUUUUACAAACAAUCAGUAAAGAUUCCAUAAAGAGGUCUCAUAAAAAGAUUAAAGAUAAUAAUAAAAGGAGAUUGUUCAGUCCAAAAGUUUUACAAGAUAAACUCGAAGCUAGGGAAAAACAAGAGAAUGCAAAAUGUUCGGAAAACUUUGAACAGUAUGAGAGUACAGAAGAAAAUAAAAUAUCUAUAGAGGUGAAUAAUCAUGAUGUAUCAAGGGACGAGCGAUCAUCUACUCCCGACAAGGUGAGUUCUAGCAGACUUUUAUUGUCGCAAUUUAGUUCUGUCAAAAAGUCCCAUAAAAAGGACAAGCAUAACAAAAUAUUAUGUGGAUUUUUAAAACGGCAAGAAUACUUUAAUAAAGAUAUGGAUUUAGUAACAAAUAACAAAUACGAACAACGAACAUUUAAUGAUGAAAUAUCCGAGUGUAGAAACAGCAUUGAAGAUUUUCCUUCGGAUUUAGAUGUUGUUAGAAAUAUCGAGGAUUCUACAUCUUCAGUGGCGUCUGCCAGCUUAAGUUCUUCUCUGGAUAAAUUAUCUCCAAGCAAAAGGAAGAAGCCACAGAAAAACAUGUCAUAUGAUUUCGAACUACAGGAAUUGGAUACAUCGAAAGAAGAAUUUAAAAUUUUCACGCCUCUUAAAAGGAAAAGAUCGUUAUUUGCAUUUACAGUUGAUAAGGAAUAUACGCAUUUUUACGAUUUAGCGUCUGAAAGAAAUGAACGUUCGGAUGACACUAUGGCGAGCAUUAGCUUUUCACGGUGUUUAACACCUGUACUAAAUAUUUCGAAUAGUUGCGUAAAGUCAGAAAAUGAUGAUGUAAUAACGAAAUCCGUUGACAAUGCUGACGAUGGAAAUGUAGAGGAAGUAUACGAUUCGAAUUGCGAUUCGAACGAUGUAACGGGCAGGUUGACUCCAAGAAAUAUGUCAACUACAGAAUUGUAUCCUAAUCUGGAUUCCAUUAAAAAAUCUCACAAAAAGAAUAAACGUGGAAACAGCUCACGAAAAAGUUUCAAUGCAAUGAAAAAUAACCAUUCCAUAGGUGAGAAACAUGAGACAUCGUUAGAAAGUGUUGCGAAUGAAAUGUAUAAUCCAUUAGAAUUUUCAAAUGAUUGCGUUAUCGCAGAUGAUGCGAUAAAUAAGCCGAUUUACGACAAAUCGGUCAAUAACGUGGAGAAUUUGGUGAACCAUCAUACGGCAGAUGAUAAUCAGAAUUGUCCAAGUACCAGCGCGGGAAAUAUAUCACCGACCGUGACACCACCGAAUUAUUUAAAGACGAAAGCUUAUAUGAAGUUGUUGCAGGAAACUUCUAUCAAGCGAUCACAUAAAAAGAAUCGAAAUAAAAGGAAGCAAGAAUUGGUAGUGGAUACGAACGAGUUAUCGGACGAUGGAUCAAUAUUUGGCGAUGAAGAAAAGUCAUGUCUUAUCGAAGAUAGAUCCACGCAUGAUUAAUAAUAAUCGAGUUGACGAAACGAUUCUAUACGAUACGUUUUUAAAGGUACCCUACUGGUAAGUGCAGCUGUAACGAUUCAUGCCUACGAUAACUACUACAUAACGUGUACGUUGAAACCAGCUUAUAAACAUUUUGUACAAGAAGCGUUUGAGAACCGUGCAGAAUUAUUUUUGUAACUAGAAAGUGUACAUUUAACUAAAUCUUAAAACUUUAUUCGGUUAAUUCAAUCGUUAUCUGUAAUAUGAUGUUCGUUUUCCGUUCUAUAAAAUUUCUAGUGUGUAACAUCAUAUGAGCUGUAUCGCGUACAUCACCUAUAUAGGUAUAUGUAAUUAGUUUACGAUUAACGCUCUAUGCAUGUAUGUACACCGGGGAUAACAAUAUAAUGACUAGUUUUCGUACGACAUUUAUGUCAACGAAAUCUUUAGAAAUACAUUUGUUAGAAGCGCUCGUGUUGUAUCAUGGAAUCGAACGCGUACAGUGUGUAUCAGAAGAGUGUCAACCUAUGAUAAGAUAAUAGUACACAUUUCAAUAUUAUUAUGCGAAUUGAAAUUGAAUUAUUUAUAUUGAUUCUAUGACUCUCUGUUUUCGAAAUUUUACUUGCUUUUAUACGAUUAUCUAUUCUAAUAUAUCCUUUAUUAUUACAUACAUGUAUUUCUCGGAUAUGUUGUUAAUUAUGAUAUAUGUAUAUGUAAAGUAAUACAGCAUAGAAAUAAGUAGGAUCUCCUUCCUAUCCUUGUUAGUUGUUUCUCUAAUAUCUGCAACAUUAGUCUAGUAUAAAUUUCGUUUAUUUCCGUUAAAUCAUUUGUUCGAUUCGGAUAAAUAUAAUAUAGUAAUGUAACUUGUAAAACGUGACAUUUUAUAUUGACAAUGCACGAUAUCAGCAAUUGUCACAAUAUUUGCUUAUGUUAAGGGUGCAAGACGAUUUAUUAUUAAUUAAGCUAAGUACGACAGCUGUUAUAGCGACAUCUCGAAAUUGACAUUAACACUAGUAUUAACACUAUAUAUAUAUAUAUAUAUAUAUAUUUCUCUCCUUUUCUCUGUUCCUUCUAUUUCUUGAAUUUAUCAUUUUUAUUUUUUCUUUCCUCGUUCAUGCUUCCCUUCCUUUCCCAUUUUAACAAUCUUACUAAUUUUAGAUACAUCUUAUUAACUGGUACUACUAGGUAAUAGCAACGAAAAUGAAAUAAAACUGACAAAAUAAUAAUAAAUAGUAAAAUAACGAGGGGUAAACUUGAAAGAUAUUCAUCUUUGUGGCAAUAUGCGCGUGCAUUAUGAUACUGUGUAUAGUACAUAUAUGAUGGUGAUACAACGUAGAAAUGAAUAUUGUGCAUUAAGUUCGAGUUUCUCGCCUGUAUUCUCCCCUAUAAUGUCUUCCUUUUCGAAUGUGUACACGCGACGUGAGAACGAGAUAUAAGAUAGUAUUAACUAUACUCGACGAGUAAAUGUUCGAGUAUAAAUUAAUAUACGUGAUUUGUACAUGAUAAAAGAACUGUAAAGGACGAUGUUUAGCUUACGUAAGUACGAAUGUCAUUUGCGUAUGCACAAAUUUGAUGUAAGAUUUCUUCCAGUUAGUGUCAGCCGUUUUAACGAAAAAGCAACCAUCGUUGCUUUCGUACAUGGUUUAUGGAACUUGAAGCUUAUUUCUUGAAUUUUAUUUCUAUGAGAUUUGAAGUCGAAAUAUCGAUAAACGCCUGCAUAUAGCGUAUAAUUUCGAACCUUUGAAUAUUCUAUACGUACGAAUAAUGUAACUGACUUUUGGAUUAGAAAUAAUAAACGACUGAAUUGUUUACUGUUCGAACAUCUUUACGACGAUAAUCGUAAGUUAUACGUAUUUUCCAUUAAGUUGUGUUUAUCUGCGCUUGGCAUCUCAAUGUCGAGUUAUUCGAUCAUAAGGUGACUUCGAUGUAAUAUCUUAGGUCAAGAUUUUUUAUAAUCCAGCAUUUCGAAUGAAUUGUUUGAAUAUCACGUUGAAAUUGAAUGCAAAAUGAAUAAAGUAAAGAGUAAUAACAAUAAAAUCUAUAGUAAGUAA